AUGGUCCGUCUACGGGAAAUACCAAGGACAGCGGCGUUUGCCUGGUCCCCAGGUCCAGAGGCCCCUUUAGUGGUUACAGGGACGAGAGCUGGUGCCGUAGAUGCGGAUUUCUCUGAUGAGACGAAGCUGGAGCUCUGGGAUUUGAGCUUGGAUAGCACAGAGCAGGGUGUGGAAUUACAACCUAUUGCUAGUAUUAGCACAGAUUCUAGAUUCCACGACAUUGCAUGGGCACCAGCGAACGCAGACCAUCCGCGGGGCAUAAUCGCAGGCGCACUUGAGAAUGGAUCCUUAGAUUUAUGGGAUGCAGAGAAACUCAUACAAGGAGCUGAGGACGCGUUUAUGUCCAGAACGACGAAACAUACGGGCGCUAUAAAGUCUCUUCAGUUCAACCCAUUGAAGCCACAAAUCCUAGCUACUGCAGGCUCCAAGGGAGAGUUAUUCAUUUACGACGUGAACGACAUCUCAAACCCAUUUAGGCUGGGUACAACCGCAGCAAGAUCGGAUGAUCUCGAAUGCGUGGCAUGGAAUAGAAAGGUUCCCCAUAUUCUAGCAACUGGUGGAAGUGGAGGAUACGUCACAGUCUGGGAUUUGAAAACUAAGAAGGCUUCUUUACAAUUGAGCAACAAUCGCAAAGCAGUAGGAGCAAUUGCAUGGGAUCCGAACAAUGCGACAAAGCUCUUGACUGCUACGCCCGACGAUUCUUCACCAGUCAUUCUUUUGUGGGAUCUUAGAAACUCAAAUGCGCCUGAGAGGACGUUACAAGGGCAUAUCCAAGGAAUUUUGUCAUUAUCUUGGUGUCAGCAAGAUGCCGAUCUUCUGAUAUCUUGCGGCAAAGAUAACAGAACUCUAAUCUGGAAUCCUCAAACUGGGGAGCAAUAUGGAGAGUUUCCAGAGGUUACCAAUUGGACCUUCCAAACCAGAUUCAAUCCACACAACCCCGCAUUAUCUGCCACCGCGUCCUUCGAUGGUAAGAUAGCCAUCCAAACCUUACAAAAUACAAAUCCUACCGCAUCCCAAGCUCCAGUUGCAGGGCCAGUUGAUGGCGAGGACUUUUUUACCAAGGCCCAAACUGAACCUCAAGGAGCUUCAUUCUCGUUGAAUAAAGCCCCUAAGUGGCUGGAACGACCAGUUGGAGCCUCUUUCGGAUUUGGUGGUAAGUUGGUGAGCUUUAGCUUGUCGUCAGCUGCAGCAGGAAAACCUAGAUCGUCCAAGAUUCAAAUCUCUCAAUUCACGGUCGAUUCGGACGUAGGGUCUGCCACCGAGUCUUUCGAAAAUGCCCUCAAGGCCGGAGAUAUCAAGAGUAUUUGCGAAACUCACAUAGAUCAAGCCAAGACUGAGGAAGAGAAGGCAGACUGGAAAGUCAUCGAGACAUUAAUUGCGGCAAACCCCCGCAAACAAGUUACUGAAUUCCUUGGCUUCUCUGAUGUUGACGAGGCCACGAAUGGUGUAUCAGAACUCGGCGUGGAGGAUGCCGAAAAGCCAGAAGAAGCUCCAGCUGAUGCCAAUGGCGAAGCUGCGAAGAAUAAUAGAUUAUCAACGCUUUUCGAUGGUGCCGAAGGGGAUGACUUUUUGACUGAUAUCGCUGCAAAUAAGGGAGCUAAGACGGAUAAUCCUUUCCAUUUAUUCGCUGAAUCCGAUUCGGCCUCGGAAAAACAAAUUACCAAAGCUUUAAUGCUUGGCCAAUUCGAAAAAGCGAUGACUAUCUGCCUUAAGGAGGAUCGAAUUGCUGAUGCUUUCAUCAUUGCCAAUUGUGGCGGAAAAGAGCUGUUAGACAAAGUUCAAGCAGCCUACUUAGCCAAGAAGGCAGAAGGGCCUAACUACUUACGACUUCUGACAUCAGUGAUUGGUAAAAACUUAUGGGAUAUUGUAUACAAUGCUGACCUCGGGAACUGGAAAGAGUCGAUGGCAACAUUGUGCACAUAUGCCGACCCAGCUCAGUUUCCGGAUCUCUGUGAAGCGCUUGGUGAUAGACUCUUGGAUUCUGGCAGCGCAAAGGAUGCUUCAUUUUGUUUCUUAGUUGGUUCAAAGUUGGAGAAGGUCAUCAGCAUCUGGAUUUCCGAGCUCCAAGAGAAUGAGAAACAUGGCAUUGAAGAACAGGAAGGGGAUUCUACAUUCUCUGUACAUGCAAAGUCACUUCAGAACUUUAUCGAGAAAGUCACAGUAUUCCGUGCUGUCACCAAGUUCCAGGAUACAGAGCAAAGUUUGACAUCGGACUGGAAGUUGGCAGCUUUGUACGACAAAUAUACAGAGUAUGCUGAUAUUGUUGCCGCUCAUGGACACCUUUCUAUUGCUGAGAGAUAUCUUGAUCUGCUUCCUGCACAAUAUCCCGCUGCUGAGGUUGCACGAGACCGAGUUAAGCGUGCAUCAAGAACGGUCGCCCCUGCUGCUGCCGCUAGACAACCUGCAGCAAGCUCAAGGGUCCCCGCACGUGCUCAGCCAGCCGCAUAUCAACAACCGAUUCCUGCUGCUGUGGCACCUCCAGCUCAAUCUGCUCCAAAUCCAUACGUUCCACCUACAGCUGCUGCACCUGCUUCUAACCCUUAUGCACCACCCACUUCAGGUGCUUCUAAUCCUUAUGCACCACCCGCUUCAGGUGCUUCUAAUCCCUAUGCACCUCCAACAAGUGCCUACGCACCACAAGGUUAUCAGCCACCACAGUCAUCUCAACCAGCUUAUGUACCUUCUUACGGAGCAUAUGGAGCAGCCCCAACAGGUUAUGGUGCACCUCAACAAUCAUUUGGAGCUCCCGCCCCUCCAAGAAACACAACUCCAUCAGCUCCACCUCCAUCGAAAGCUAAAGAUAUGACAAAUUGGAAUGACAUACCUUUCGUAACAAAGAUGCCUACUGCUAGAAGAAGUACCCCUGUUACCAAUCCAUUCCCCAACCAACAAGGUACUUCGAUGCCACCUCCAGAAAAUCCAUAUGGUGCUCCCAGAGCAACACCUCCACCCCCACCUCCUAAAGGGUCAGCUCCUCCCCGUGUUACUUCGCCAUUGAUGAAUGCACCACCUCCUAGACCGUCUUCCACAGCCAAUGCGUAUACUCCACAAGCACCCCCUCCUCAAUCACCAUAUGCAUCAAUACCGCCACCUACAAUUCCUCGUGGAGCGUCUCCGUAUAACCCUCCGCCUUCUGGGGCUGCACCAACAAGCAGAUACGCUCCAGCUCCAGCAGCACAACAGUAUUCUCAACCGCCUCCAUCAAAUGUCGCUCCACCUCCUCAGGGAGGUAUGAGGCCACCUCCAUCCAACGCAUAUGCACCGCCAUCAGCUGCACCACCUAGCCAGUACGUGCCAUCUCAAUCACCGUAUGAAAACCAACCUCCGCCUGCUCAAUUCCAAAAUCAAGGUCCCCCACAAAGCCAACCGCAGGGCCCACCACAAGGUCCUCCACAAGAUUGGAGAAUGGGUGGCUCUCGACCACCCGCUGGGCCUCCUAAGGCACCUGCUGUGGCAGCUUCCCCAGCAAAGCCUAGACACCCUGCCGGUGAUCGAUCACACAUUCCCGCAUCUGCGCAAAAAAUGGUCGAAAUUUUCACCAAUGAUAUGCAAAGAGUAGUUUCGAAAGCUCCAGCGAAUUUCGCACCACAAGUGAAAGAUACGCAAAAGCGUCUCAACAUUUUGUUUGAUCACUUGAACAAUGAGGAACUCGUGAAGCCUGAUACUAUUGAGAAAUUGACGCAGUUGGCUGAAGCACUUCAAUCUGGUAACUACGAUGCAGCAAGCAGGUUGCAAGUUGACAUUCAACGUGAAAAGACUGAUGAGUGUGGUAAUUGGAUGGUCGGUGUUAAACGACUAGUUAGUAUGAGCAAGGUCACUCCUUAG